UUAAAUAAAAUAACAUUUUAAAUGGAAUCAUGUUUGAUUUAUCCAAUAUUCAAAAGAGAGGCGAUAACAAUGUUUUGAAGUUCUUUGAAACGGCCGAUUCACUGCACGUCUAUUCAUAUGCUGAUCUACACCGAGAUUCAAUCAAAGUAUUGAAAAUUCUUGAAGAAUAUGUAGGAAACACGGCCAAUCAAACAAAAUUAAAUGAACAACAUUUCAACGUUGGAAUUCUGCUGCCAGUUCAUUCGCCGGCUAUUCUGCCAAUUAUCGUUGGAAUUGAAAAUGCUGGAUGUGCAAGUUGUUUCCUUGAUUCCACCGAAAAUUGGACAAACCUUAAAAAGAGACUGAUUGACCUUGAGACGAACAUAAUCCUCUGCGAUUUGCAAUACUUGAAUAAAUUGAACAUUGAAGAAGAACAAAUCAUCUCGAGACUAACGAUAUUCAAUACAAAUUGUGGACUGAUUCAUUUCAAAGAUUUACAAUGCAUUCCAAAGACAUUGUCAAACCGUCACUAUGAUAAGACGAUGUCAUCGCAAAUCCUAUUUUAUGCCACCACCUCUGGCUCAUGUGGACAAGUUAAAUCGAUUGGCGUGACUUAUAAAUGUUUUAUGCCAAAUAUCACAAGUCUCGGGAAAAUUUAUCGUGUAACUGGAGACGACGUAAUAUUUGUUACAUCGCCGCCAACUUUUGAUCCGUUCAUGGUUGACAUUUGUUUGGCAUUGCAUUAUGGUGCCUCGUUAAUUAUGGCAACAAAUAGUUUGAGAUGUGACGUUGGACAAUUGUUGGACGUACUGUUUCCAAUUGAGAAAAAUUCAGAAGUAACAAUAAUGCAAACGACACCGUCACUCUUCAUGCGUUGGUCAUCUAGUGAAAUAGCCGACCGAAUAUUUUCGUCGAAUUCUCAAUUACGAAUUCUCGCCUUUGGCGGUGAACGGAUACCGGAAACCAAUCAAAUGAAGAAUUGGAUCGAUUGGGAAAAUAAUAAUGUGCUUCGAAUUUUUAAUUUGUAUGGUUUGACUGAGAUGUCAUGUUGGGCGUGUGUCUAUGAAAUUACAAAAGAGGAUAUUCGAUCAAAUCGAAGAAUUCCAAUUGGUAACUCAAUCGAUGCGAACACAACCAUUGACAUUAAUGCCGACGGCGAACUAUUAUUAAAAUCUUCAGUUCGCAAAUGUUUUCAGCCACAAAUAAGUGAUGCUCAAGUAAUUGACGAUAGCUUUGAAUUCACAUUACGCACGGGGGAUUUGGUUGAGGCGGAUGAUUAUGAUGCAUCACGUUUGUAUUUUACAUCUCGUUUAAAUUCCGUAAUCAAAUUAUAUGGCAAUAAAAUCAAUUUAUGCGACAUCGAAAUACGCACAAAAACUGUAUUUGGAGUUGAAGAAGCUGUAUGCAUACACAACGAGGAACGAAAUUCAAUCGAACUUUUUGUCAAAAUUGAAGAGACAGCCGAUGAUAUUGAUAUUAAACAACGAAUAGUAAAAACACUCCAAGCGAUUGGUGCACAUGUCAAAAUUUACUGCGUUUCACAUUUUCCACUAACAACACACGGAAAAAUUAGCAAAAAAUGCCUGUUGAAUACUGUUGUACAUACAAAUGGCAAACAAUUGAGAUUUGAACCCAUUCACUUUAUAUUACAAAAUAUAAUUAAUGAAUGUCUUGGUACGAAAAUUGCAUUUUCAGAAGUUUUCGUUGAUUCAACGGAAUCGCAUAAGAAACUCAAGACCGAGAUAGAUUCAUCUUUCAUUCAGUUGGGUGGCACUUCUUUGAAAGCAAUUCAAAUUGUACAUGAAUUUGAACGUGAAAUUUCCCACACAAUUCCACAAGUCUUAGCAAUGCUUAUGGACGACAGUAUUUCAAUACGUGAAAUUCUGUCACAUUUGAUCGAUGCGAAUUUGGCGAGUGAAAAACUUGGAAAAGUUCACAAUGAAAUUAUUCCGAAAAUUGACGAACGCUGGAAAAUAGAUAUGAUAAAAUGCAUCGAUGCCACACCAACCGUAUGCUUUUUGAAUGAUAUGACCAUUGUAUCGGUUGGGAGUCAUUCGAAAUGGUUGUUUAACGUUUCAAUAAAUGAUGGAAAAAUCAUAUCCAAAUUGGAGCUACCUGAUCGCAUCGAGAGCCAAGGGGUACAAUCUAAUGACUGCAUCAUUGUUGGAUGCUAUGAUGGACAUUUGUAUUGUGUUAAUAUUCAAAGCGGUGCCAUAAAAUGGAAGUUUGAUUCUGGAGCCAUGAUUAAGUGUCGCGCCCUUUUGAUCGAUACAUUUGUGAUUUUCGGCAAUUAUAAUGAUUCAAAGAAUCUAUGGUGUUUGGAUAUUGAAAAUGGAACCAGUGUUUGGUCGUGCCGAAUCGGAACCAAAAGUAUCUACGCAAAUCCAGUGAAGAUGAACGAUGAAAAUUGUCUUGUUUGCAGUUUGGAUGGAACAGUUGCUCUGGUCAAUAUUUUUUCAACAAAAAUGCUGUGGACUUUCAAUGCAGAAGCACCGGUUUUCUCGACACCGUCGGUAUUUCUUCGAAAUUCACAACAUUCGCAAAUUAUUUUAGCGGCUGUGAAUGGCACCAUAUACAUAUUGAACGGUAAUGACGGUACGGUAAUUUUAUGCCAUAAAAUUGAUGGCAACAUUUUUUCAUCCAUUGAAUAUUUUACAAAUACCAUCGAUAAAACAUGCAUGAAUUUUGUAUUUGGAUCACAAAAUCAUUUUUUGUACUGCUUUAAAAUCGAUUCAAACGGCGUAUGCACCGAAGAGUGGAAACAUAGAACUACCGCAUCUGUUAGAUCAACGCCACAAUUUAUUGAGACACAAUUUAAUUCGUAUAUUUGCAUUUUCUCGUCCGAUGGAAUAUUCCAUGUAAUUAACAGUAAAACUGGUGGAUUAUUUUAUAAACGCAAACUUGAUGGCGACGUAUUUUCAACGCCGGCAAUCCAUAAUCAAAGAUUAUUCGUUGGCAGUAGAAAUAAUUUCCUUUAUUGCAUCGAUUUACCUGAUUUGUUUUGAAAAUUACAUUUUUAUUCAUGUUCCAGAGGAAUUGUGAUUUUUAUUUUUUUCGAACGAAAAGUUUCGAGAAAUGUAACCGAAGCAUUCAAAUUAAUUAAACCGAUUCGGUUAUCUGCAAAGGAAGUUGUAUAUUGUCUAAUCAGAAAAGAAAUAUGUUAUUUAGAUUGUAAGCUAAGAUUUCAUGAUCAAAUCACAUGGAGUGAAUUUUUGUUGUUUUACAUUUAUGUCAAGCAUGCAUAGAUAAAUCAUUGUUUCAAAUAAUAGAGAGCAAAAAUUGAAGAAACAAAGCCAAAUUAAGCAGGACAAAAACGAAUAAAUUGAAAUAAUUAGAUUUUUCUCACGCAGCAUUGAAA